AUGCAGCUCCUGGUGAGGGUGCCCUCCCUGCCGGAGCGGGGCGAGCUGGACUGCAGCAUCUGCUACCGGCCUUUCGACCUCGGGGACCGCGCGCCCCGCCGCCUGCCCGGCACGGCGCGCGCCCGCUGCGGCCACACGCUCUGCACCGCCUGCCUGCGCGAACUCGCGGCGCGCGGCGACGGCGGCGGGGCGGCCGCGCGCGUGGUGCGCCUGCGCCGCGUCGUCACGUGCCCGUUCUGCCGCGCGCCCACCCCGGUCCCGCGUGGCGGCGUCACGGAGGUAGCUGUCGACCCCGGCUUGUGGUCGCGACUGGAGGAGAAAGCGCGGGCCCAGGGCGAACGACAUGUGGCGGGAAGCCCGGUCAAGGAGAGCGGCGACGCCGACCCAGAGGCCGACCGCGAGGAAGAGGAGAGCGAGGAGGGGGCGGGGCCUAGGAGCGCGGGGUGGCGCGCGCUCCGGCGCCUCUGGGACCGGGUGCUCGCGCCCGCGCGCCGCUGGCGGCGUCCGCUGCCUAGCAACGUGCUCUACUGUCCGGAGAUGAAGGACAUUGCACACAUGACUCGUUGCACGCUGUAACCGAGGAACUCGGGAGCUGUGGCAGAAGCAAGGUGGGAGCCGCCGCCUCCGCCGUGCGUUUUAGUCCAGGGAGCUGAUGUCAAGACUGUGUGGAGCCCGGAAUUGGCCUCUGAUGAGGGAGCUGAGCCGAGGGCAGGCGGGAACGCCCCGGGAGGAGUUGGUGCUGAGCUGGGGAGGCUGCUAAACCAUCUCGCCCCCAUCUGCUGACUGCCAGCCCUACAUUUCCAGGAUGGAGUGGCUCACGGAGGAUGUAAACAAAGCCUGCGUUUACCGUGGGAAGAAGCCAGACUGUUUUCUGAGCUGUGACUUUGGCUUCUGUCCAGGGCGGCGCUGGUGUGUGGGAGCAACAGGUCCCAUUUUAGCAAUUGCCAAUGGCACGGGAGAGACGAGGCAGACUGUGUCAUAGUCAUCUCACUCUGGCAUCGAGAAGGAUGCGGGUGUGCGGGCUCUUCGGUUCCAGGCCUGUGUUCCCAAAAACUGGGAUGACUCCCCUGCCUCUCAGAUUAGGAGCCUUGCUUCAUUUCAGAAUCCAGGAGUCACCUCAUUAGGGCUUCUCAGGGAUGAAAGAGCGAGCUACUUGGUAAAGGCGUCAGAUUUUAAAGUUCUGAUAUUGUGCUAUCUUUAGUCAUAGGGAAACAUUGCCUACUUAAAAAACAAGAUGCUCGUACAGGUUUAAACUUGUAUCCCAUAAUGGGAUAUCCUGUAUGAUAAAUCAUGGUCUGUUUUAAAAUUGUUUUAUGAUCCGGUAUAGUCACAGUGAAGGGCUCACAGCACUGGUGUCACCAGGAACUGCGGAAUCUCACUGACUACUAAAUCAGACCCUGCGUUUUAACAAUCCCAGGUGAUUUGUGUGCAUGUAAGAUGUAAGAAGCACUGGUCUGGAUACUCUAGGAUGUCCCCAACUGUGGAUGGAAUACUUGAAACGUAAUUGAUACUGUUUUAUUGAAAAGUUCUAAAGUAAUGCUCUGUUGCUUAAAAAAAAAAAAAAAAAAAAAAGGUUUUUUUUUUGCGGCUGGUGCUGUGGAGUAGCUGCAGUCUACAGUGCCAGCAUCCCCUGUGGGUACCGGUUCGAAUCCUGGCUGCUCCACUUCUGAUCCAGCUCCCUGCUGAUGUGCCUGGGAAAGCAGCAGAAAUGGCCCAAGUCCCUGGGCCCCUGCAUUCAAGUGGGAGACCCGGAAGAGGUUCCUGGCUGCUGGCUUCAGCCUGGCCCAGCCCCAGCUGUUGCAGCCAUUUGGGGAGUGAACCAAUGGGUGGAAGAUCUCUCUGUCUCGCCUCUCUCUGUAAUUCUGCCUUUCAAACAGACAAAUAAAUCUUUAACAGAAAAAGAUAAAUCUGUUUUUC